CUUUUAUGAUAAAAUCCAAGAAGAUCAAUACAUUCUCACCAUGCUGGGCUCUCGUGUGCACCUCUCCUUGCCUCUUCUCUCAGUUCUCAGGCAGAUGGGUACAACCGCAGCCAGGACUGUGACUGCAGCCAGAGAACCAGAGCUACUGUCGGCCACUCUAGCAUUUGAAGACCCCAAAGCCUUUCAGGUGAAGACCAUGGGAGAGCUAUUGCGUGCAUUGGGGGUCUUUCGUCUCUGCUCCUUCCCUUUGCUGGUUAACAACUGUGGCACGUUGAUGUCCAUUGCUCGGAGACUCUUGGGAAAGAGGGGCUUUUCCCUAUUUGUCCGCCCCACAGUGUAUGCACAGUUUGUCGCCGGAGAGAAUGAGACGGAGAUAUUCCACUCCAUGCAGAAGAUGAGUUUGUUGGGAUUGAGGCCGAUGCUGGCAGUUCCCAUCGAGGAAGAUCUGGGAGAAAGCACUGGGGAGAAGCGAUACGAGAACAACAUGGAGGCCAUGCUGGAGUGUGUCCACAUUUCCCACAGUAACGCAUGGAGCAAAGACCCCAUGAUGCAGCUGAAGGUUACCGCUCUACUCAGUCCAGAGUUGUGUGUGAAGCUCACUACCCUUAUGGCACAAAAACCCUAUGACCUCAAUGAGCUGAUCAGAGCCAUGGAUGGAGAGCCAAUCAGUUUCCAUGGUCUAGAUGAAAAGGAGAAUGCACAUUUACUUUGUGGACUGAGGCGACUCAACAAAAUUGCAGAGGCCAGUGUUAACAAAGUCAGAGUGUUGGUUGAUGCAGAGUACACCUACAUGAACCCGGCCCUUUCUCUGGUUACCAUGGCGAUGAUGAAAAAGUUUAACAAAAAUGAUGCCUGGAUUUGGAACACAUACCAAUGUUAUCUAAAGGAGUCCAAGUCCCUGAUCCUAGAAGCCAUCAGUCUUUCAAAAAAAGAAGGGUUCUGUCUGGGGGUCAAACUGGUGAGAGGAGCCUAUAUGGAUAAAGAGAGGAAACUGGCACAGAAGGAGGGUAGACACGACCCUAUUCAUAACUCCUGGGAAGAUACCAAUGACAGUUAUAAUGGCUCACUUAAUGCCAUGCUGGAGGUCAUCUCAGAACAACCUGAACGCUACAAAAUCAUUGUGGCCACACACAAUGAGGCGUCAGUCAGAGUGGCUGCACAAAGGAUGGUGGAGCUGGGCAUACGCAAAGAUGGUGGCUCAGUUUGUUUUGGUCAGCUGCUAGGCAUGUGUGACCAUGUCUCCCUCACCCUGGCUAAAGAAGGUUAUGUCAUUUACAAGUCUGUACCAUAUGGCUCAGUGGAUGACACCCUCCCGUACCUGGUGCGCCGGGCUCAGGAGAACUGUACGGUGCUGCAGGGAAUCCGCAAAGAGAGAGACCUCCUGAGACAGGAGCUGCACAGACGACUGAAGCACAAAAUGGGCACUGCAUAA